UCGUGAGAGUCCGCCGUGAGCGCAAGGUGAAAAACCAGCAGAACCAGCAGCAGCAGCCAGGAUAUUCGUGUUUGCUUUAAAUUGAACAAGGUGAACAGAGACACCCCCCCUAGAAAAAGGAUAGUUUUGGUGGGGUUUUUGUGAAAAUUCAGGAAAAUUUACGCCGAAAAACGGUGUGGCGUGGGCGUGUGCGGGAAAAUUUGCAAGGAAAAAGCUGAAUUUUCGUGCUGGAAACCAAAGAUUGUGUGGGGCUUUUCCGAGAGGGGGGCGAGCUCGUUUUUUUUGGGGUUAAUGUUAGUCUGUGCGUACGUGUGUGUGUGUUGUUCAGUAAAUAUAACAUGGCUGUAAAGUAGCAGUAAAAGCGAGGAAUACAUAACAAGAAGGAAAAUCCGAAGGAAUUUGGUCGAUUUUUACGAGUUUCACUUAAAAAUCGAAUCGAGGAAAAUCGACGAGGAUCAAGGAUAGAAAAAAAAAACAAAGGAAAACAGCUCACGAGUGAAUCCAAGUGAAGCAGAGUCGAAAUCAUUUUUGGGAAAAUCCCGUGGAAAACAGAGGGCGUGCAAAGCCCCGUGUGAGUGUGGUUGUGCGCUCGGGGAGUUCUCAAGGAUAUACAGCAGGAGGAUAUCAGUAACAGUAGCAGCAGCAGCAGCAGUGUGAAGGAAUUUCCACAACAACACCAGCAGCAGCAGACCCACCACAGAGUGAGAUUGAUUCCCAGACCCAUCAUCGGCAGUCAAUCGGCACGGCACGGUCAAUGAGUGCCAAUCAAUGUGCGUAGCUUCCAGCCCGGUGAUCCACCACAGGGACUCAUCGUCGUCGUCGUCAUCGGACUUUGUCGAACAACUCAGGUGCGGAUCGCCAGCCAAUUUUCUUUCUUCCGGUGCCAACAAGUCAUGACCGGAUGCGAGGGGUUACGAUGCACGGGCUGAGUCCACUGCAAUCCGGCUCAACCCUGGAGGCACUCACGCAGGCAACCAUCAUUCUCAUCUUAGCGGUCGCCAUCAUUCUAGCCAACCUCAUUGUAGUUGCUACAUAUCUUAACUUUAAGGGUCCCCACGAGGUCAUAAACUAUUACCUGUUGUCGCUGGCCGUCGCCGAUCUGCUAUGCGGUCUGUUCAUCGUGCCUCUCUCGGUCUAUCCGGCUUUCUAUGGCCACUGGGUGUACGGGGACGUGGUGUGCCGGUUGGUCGGCUACCUCGAGGUCACCCUCUGGUCGAUCUCGGUGUACACGUUCAUGUGGAUCUCCGUCGAUCGCUAUCUCGCAGUUAGGAAACCGCUGCGCUAUGAAACGAUCCAAACUAAAACCAGAUGCCAAUGCUGGAUGGCGUUCACGUGGAUCUCGGCCGCGAUGCUAUGCUGUCCACCGCUGCUCGGCUACAAUAAGGCCAUCUACGACAAUGACACCCACAUCUGCAUGCUCGAGUGGGGCAACAUGGCCGCCUAUAGUGCAACGCUGGCAAUCCUGGUCCUGGGGCCGAGUGUAAUCUCGAUCGUGUACAACUAUGGCUAUAUCUUUACGAUGAUGCGUAAAGUGCGAUCGGGAGCACCGAUCCAUGAUAAGGAGUACGCCACGGCACUGGCCGAGAAUCUGGCCAAUCCGAGCCACUGUAUGUCAUUUGCAUUGGUGUUCUCAUUCUGGGUCUCGUGGGGUCCGUACAUGGGCUUGCGGAUCUACGAGCUGAUCACGGACGAACCGUACGAGAACCACCUCAUCCAGUUCGGCGCCGUCUGGCUCGGCAUCCUCAACUCGUUCUGGAAGAUCAUCAUCAUGACGAGCAUGUCGCAGCAGUUCCGGCUCCUGGUGCGGUUACUCUUCCUCACGAUCUGCUGCAAAACCAAGGGCCGCCUCCAGGCCGAACUGAUCGGGCUCGAUCCGGACGACUAAGCCACACAUUCUAAAGAGCGAGAGAGCAAAACAAUCACCAGCCGCCACUCCUGUUAAGCCAGUCAUUGGUCGCAACGCCAAUAAAGGACGCUCACCUAACCUCACCACCACCAUCUUCCGGGACAGCAUGCGAAACCAAGCGUGGACAGCAAACUUCAAUUACAUUGUUGUACUUUUAAAACAUCCGUCAAACACCUAGCUAACGAUUACACUAAACUUAAGGGCUCUUAGUCGGAUAGGAGUGUGCGAGCGCUUCUAAGAAAUCUCAUCGGAAGGGCGGUUUUUAAGACAAAACAAGAAAACACUGUAGUAAAUCUCAGAACAAUCAUUCUCUUAGCAUACAAGGUAACGUAACGUAACGGUGUUUAAACAUUGUACUUAUUAGUAGUGUUUCUUUGGGUGCGGGAAGAAAACAUUCUGAAUGUUGCUAGAAACUGCGAGCAGGUGUCAGUGUUGCCAGGAUGCUAAAUGCCUAGUUUGGAAACAAACCUACAUGACUUCACGGGAAUAAUCGAACGUUUCUGAAAAAGACGUCAAAAUUAGUUCCCAACAAGUUUGCUGACGUAUGAUUUUCCAUGGAGGAAAAUCAGUUCCCAAAAUCGUGAACAAGUGUUCAUGAAAUUGGGAACCACAAACAAAGUGUUUUUAAAAAACGUACAUGGAAUUUAAACACAUCGUUCGUGGUUCCCGAUUUCAUGAACGUUUGUUUACAAUUUUGGGAACUGAUUUUUCUCCGUGUAGGAAUUCGUAGUUUAAAAAGAGAUCCAAUUCUGCAGGGUCUGACUUUUUAUUGACAUUUUCAAGUGAGUUUAACUUGGAUAAGGCUGUGGAGUCGGGUAGCGUUUAGAGCGUCUCCGACUCAGCCUUUUAAAAGUUUAACAAGCUCUCCAAAAAGACCCGACUCCAACGACUCUGACUUCGACUACAAUAAAAACCCCCAUAAAAAGAUGCUGAUGAUUUAGUGACUCCGACUCUAACUCCAGCUUCUCAGAUGUUGGUGACUCCGACACUGGAUCCUCAAAAAGACCCGGCUCCACCAACAUCGGCUCCGACUCGCCAGUCCUGAUGAAAUCGACGUUUGCAUAAACUCAACUACCACGAAUGUUCGCUGAAUGAUGCUCAUGAAUUCGUGAAAUUUUAUUCACGAUUUAAUGAAUGGAAUUCAUGGAUUCAUGAAAGCUAUCACAAAACCGUAAACUCAAUCAAAACACCAUAUUGAAAGCAUGCAAUUUUCGGUACAAUCUUUCAAACCGGAACUGUCAAACGGUUAUUAACUACUGUCAGCUGAGGUAAACGUCACAUGUG